GGUGGCUCUGCAUCUCUCUGGUCACCGCGUUAGACCAUCCCAAUAUUCCCUGGUUUACGAUUCUUGCUUGCCCAUUUCUUGAAUAUGGAUGGGACUCAGCCAGGAGAGCUAGGCGUCAUUGCCUGGUGUAACACAAUUCGCUUCGACAUGGCUAAAGAUCCUGGUCUGGCUUUCUUGAGCACUCAGAUCAAGGAGAAGGGUUUUGACUUUCUUGACUCCUAUCUUGAGAACAUUGUCUCUCGACCAACAGAAGGGCGUGUCUACGAACUGCUGAAGACACCUGGGCGCAAGAAGGAUGCGCCCAAGAGGACUCGUGCAGCAACUGCUGCUGCCGCCGCUAAGGCGGCACUGGUUGCAUCCGAUACGCUACUGGAGCCUGAGUCGACGGAGGAAGAAAAUGUGGCUCCCGUAAACGACUUCCAUAAAGCUCUGCUGGAUGCCAAGAACGUGGACGACGAUAUUAAAGAAAAUGCUGAUACGUCCCUACCUAACAAGUCACCUCACGAGCCUUUCCAUAAGGAGGUCGAUGAGCAUAGUGAGGACCAGCCGACGAAGACGACUAGCGUCAUGGCGGAAAUGCAUGCUGCCAAGAACGAGAAUAUUUCGAAGGUGGAUCACCUGGCUGUAAAGGAUGAAGCAACAAGCAUAGCGACUCAUGUCUCUUCUGUUGCAACUCCACCGGCAAGUUCUGCUUUGAAGACUGCUACCGCCAAUGUUCCAGAAGCCACUGAUUCCAUACCCAAAGUCGAGGCGCCAAUGGAGCUCUCAAUCAUUGCUGAGGAUGAAGAAGAGCGUAGUAGGUUGUCGCUGCAGCCUGGAGAUGAUGAUAUGGAUAUCGAAAUUGUUGUACCCAUUAAAGACGAAGACAUGACUACAAACACCUUGAACAGGAAACCCAGUAUCUCUCAUUUCGGAGGCCUUCCUGCACCAUCACCUCUGCGCAAGUCAACACGUCUUACUCGGGAACCUUCCACAAGUGCAUUUGUCGCUCCAGGCCUAUCGCACACACCUGGUGCUGGGCUGGGAGGCAAACGAACCUCCUGGUUGACGAAGGCGAAGGAAGCUAAAGCUCUGGAAAUGACGGAUUCGGGAAAGAAGAAAUCCAUGCUGACCGGUCUAGGAAUCGUUGGGUUAGGCGGUGGAUCAGGUGGUAGAAAGCGCAAGAGUGAAGACAUGCAUGACGAACUUUCUUCGGCGCCCAGUUCUAGUAGUGCUUUCUCCGAAGAGGAUGAUGAACGAAAAGUCAAAUCUGCGAGGUUGGCCAAGCAACAAGAUGACACCGGCUCCCUGUCUUCAGACCGCACGGACGUUCAUUCAUCUCAUAGUAAUGAGAUGCUCAUCUCUCAUCUUCGUGGCCCUGACGAGGACUUCACUGUUCCUCUCCGCGACGUCUCUCCGGAGGAAGGCGCUCUUGAUCGAUUCAAGAAGACUGUUGAGGGCAUGGGCGCUCGGUCUGCAAAGAGCAUUGGCAAGUCUUUAGGCGGGGGUGCCGCAGCUGCACUUGCGGAAGCCAGAGCGGCGGCUGAAGCUCGAGUUGCCCAGCGGAAUAAGGAGGAAAAUGGAGAUGUCAGUAUGGAUGCAUCGGUUCAGCCGUCUGAAUCAACCAAACCGGCGUCCGAGGCAACCUCUCCUACACCUCAGAUGGAGAAUGCUGCUCAUUCGGAACGCAGGUUGAGCAUGUCUGACCUCGUCACGUUUUCGGAAGAUAAGCCUUCGAGCUCGCAGCCUACGCCACCGUCUAGCACAGCGACAGCAGAGACUCAAGUUCGACCUUCAGAGAGUUCGGGCAACGCGAGCAUAUCCACCACGCCGCCUCACUCGCCGCCUCCAUCUAAGGCAGAGGUCAAAGCCCCUCCACCUGCCGUCUUCACUAAACCGGUAUUUGUUGCACCUCCGCCCAAUGCAGUACAUGCUCCUCGUCCUGAAACCAUUAUCAGCGCGGCCGGUUCAAGCAAGGAAUUUUCAUUCAAGUUACCAGACUCAAAACUAUUUAGCCGCCCCAUUGCAUCAACCUUAGGUGUACCUGCGUCGUUGCCUUCCACCUCAUCUCAUACAUUGUUGCAGCCAACCCCGGCACUGUCAGCCCAAACGAGCAAAGCUAGUAUAUUCUCAGAUGCUAUCUUCGACAAAGAAGAUGAUAUUCCUGCUUGGAUGCCCUCAACUCAAGACACGGAUUACUCCCUUCAACCCUCGCAAACAAAGUCCCAUCAAGAACAACUCGAGGAACUCGAGAACGAAGAUCCGGCUUGGCCUUUGGAAGAUAAGUUCACGGCAAACAAUAUGUGGACGCCAUACGGUUUCGCAUCCACCGACAGGGACGAUACAAUGUCCACUUAUAGCACCGUCGCCAGCCAGAAGGGUGACACAGGUCCACUACUGCCAACUCAAAGCUUCAAUGAGGCUUUAGAACAGGCCGCUAGGGAACAUGGACAGACGAUGACAACACGUACUGCGUUAGACUUCGACCCAGCUGCUGAUAAUGCGCAAGCUAAUAUCGACGAAGCUGAUUUGGCCAUGAACGUUGAUACCGAUGAUGUGGAUAGCGAAUUAGAGGAAAUCCUUCUCACCGGCAAAUCCACGAUCAGCUUAGUGGAGCCGAAACAGACUCGGAGUGAAAGUCAGAUGUCAAUGGCAUCGACUUCGAGUCCGCAAUCGCAGCUGGGCUUCUUUGGACAAGCCACUAAACUCGUUAGUAGCUAUCUGGGUGGCAAGAAGAAUAAGGCAGAGCCUGUGAAGAGUAUACAACUCGCGGCGGCGGCAGCGAAGAAGCAACAAGGGGAAGCCGAUAAGAAAGCGGCUCGUCUAAAAGAGAUGGAGAACAGACGUCAACUUGCCCUACAACGGAAAGCUGACGAAGAGAAGGCUCGAGCCAUCGAAGAAGAAAGGAAGAUCAAGGAAGAAACGGAGAGACGGAAACGAGAACGAGAAGAACAUACCGAUAAGCGACCUCUCCGCACUACGACUAAGAAGGUCGACGAGGAUCCAGCCAAGAAACGCAAAGUCACGGUGGAGAUCGAGAAGAAACCCGAGACGAAGAAACCGCCGUCGAGAGAUCAACCUUCUCGUUUGGGCAAACCUUCUGCCACCGCUACGCCCGGUUCGAAACCAGUACUGAAGUCAGCCAUGAAGCAACCGUCUUCCUCCCACUUAGGAGCAGCGUCAUCUUCGAAUACCAAGGAACCGACACGACAACUCAAGCCUACUACUUCUACGACCAGCCUCAAGUCUACGGCUAAGGGCAAAGCCAGGGUACAACCUAUGGAAGAACCUUCACAGCCUGCACAGGUGCUGCAGUCACAAAUGGCUCAUCGCGCGAAGGCUCACAUGCAAGCCGUGGAGCCUCGCGCGCCUCCCACCGUAGCCAGUGAAAGUAUCGAGCUACCGGACAUCAAUAGUGAAUAUUCAGAUUCGGAGGAUGAAGACCGGCCGAAAACUUUCGAUCCUCCCGAGUGGGCGCAAUCGCCAGAACUGCGGCAGGCGUUGCAGCAGCAGAGUACAAUGAAUCCGGAUGCUAUCUUCGGGCGUAUAGGGCCACUUCGGAUGGAGGAGAUAUUUAGAACAAGGCAAAGCCGAUUUAGGGCUAGGACAAGUUCGGCGAAUUGGUCUGGUGUGGACCAACUGACUGCCCACGAAGAGCAAGAAUAUGCAAGGAGGAUGGGUUUCCGUUGAGGUUUAUUACAAUGUACAAUAUUGAGUUACUGCAUUGGUUCGGGUGUAAAUCAUUACACGUUAUAAUCGAACCUUGAACAUUUGGAUAGGUGGCAAUCAUAAGCAGAAAC